UCUAAUUUGUUUGUUUCAUUUGUCAUUUUCAUGUUAACGGUAAAAUUGACUUACGUUUGAUGCUGUAAUGUAUUAGUAUUUAUUCAAUUAGCUGUUGAAUUAGGCGGUCCUCUUUGUUUCAACGGGCAAAUUUUAGGUUUUAAGAUUUUUUUAGCGAGAAAUGGCGGACGAAAGAGAUUUGUUGUCGAAUGGAAAAGAAUUUUUUGAGGUUUUAUUUCAGAACUGCGAAUAUCAUAUUGUUUCUUCUGAAUUUAAGGGAGAGGAUGACUUUAAAGUUACAGUUCGUUGUAAUUUGAAUAAUGAAAAAGAAAUGGAAAGCUGGAAAUCAAGAUUUGAAGUACUUUCUCAUGUUCAGUGGGUUGUUCGUGGAGGAGGGAGGUGUUCAUCUGAUGCUGCUAAAUUUAUUUAUAAAAAAAAUUAUUUUUGCCAUCUUUCAAAAUAUCGUAAAAAAGAUGAAAGUAUCAGGAACAAAGGUUGUUUAGCUUCUCUUGUUCUACGAAUCAAAAAGAAUAGUAAAUAUACCAGAUACCGCGAUCCAUUGGUGCGGAAGGAUCUUCGCGGUAUUAUUAAAAUUCUUUUUCAGCACAGCCAUCCGUGUAAUGUUCCAGAUGUAACAAAGUUAUUACGUCCCGACUCUGGUAUAAAACCAUUAUUUCUCCAAUAUUUCAAAAGAGGCAUGCGCCCUUGUGAAGCUAUAUACUACCACAAAGCUUUGGUAAUGAAACGUGGAUCACAGUAUUUAUCUGAUAGUUCUAUUAAUCCUCAUCCUAAGUGGGUUUAUAGUCUCCAUAAAACUUGGCAGAAAAAUGGGUGUGAUAAUGGAGAAGAAAUCAGUAGCAGUAUUUCUAAUGAGUUUAUCAUGCAUCCAUUGUUAGUGAACGUGAAUAUAUUUACUUGGUUGACAAUUUUUUGAUGCAAGUGAAGAAACAUUUGAUCAAAGGUAGACAACAACUUAAUCAUUAAUGAAAUUGAAGAGGAAGAGCAAGCUGAUGAUUUAAUUUCAAGUUUUUCAAAUACUUGUCAGAAUAUGUUUGCAAUUUUACGUGAAAAUAAAAACAAUAAUUAUUUGAUGGAUUGUUUACGGACAUUUUUAGAAGAAAACAGUGAAAUUAACAGUGCUGAAAAUUUAGCAAAUUUUUUUAUAUCCCACAGCAGAAAAUCUAAUGCAGGUUCACAACUGACUGAGUCAAACAUAAUAAUUAAAGAAGAAUUGGAUUUUGAAAUCUGUUGAAAAGAAAACAGCUAGAACUGAAAGAAACAGAAGUGUUUAUAGAUGUUAAUUAACAUGAUGGUAGUUACUGUAAGAAGAGCACAAAUAAAAUAUUUUUGUAUUUCAGUUACUAUGUGAAGUAAACUUACCAGAAAUGGACCACUUAAGGGCAUUCUAUUUCCCUCGAAACAUUGGAGAAUUCUAGAAUAAGUAUAUUCUUAGUAAUAUUCAAACUCUUAUUUAUCUGUACUAACACAUUAUUUUGCAAAUAAAAUACUCAGCUUUAUAUAAAAAGUUAAAGUCUUUGAUUUGAUGGUACUUACGUACUAUGACGACUACCUUGGCAACAUUUGCUGAUAAAAAUCUUCAUUUGCAUUUUUUGGUUUGUGUUUAUGAAUUCUUUUAAAAAUAAAAGCCCUAAUUAUGAAGAAACAAAAAUUUAAAAAACAAAAAUUCCGAAUAUAUAUAUAUAUACAUAUAAAUAAAUGUACAUAUUUUAACAAACGUUGACAGUUUUUGACAUUGCAUCUCCAAUAAAAUCCUGAAUUAUAAAACUUCAUAUUGUGGCCAUUUUACAAACGCGUUCUUUGGGUAAAAUUCCAGCCUCUCUGAAAAACUAUAUCGCUUCUUCAUUUGAAGACAGUUGGAAAAUGUUGAUAUCCAUUGGGAAAAAAUAAUCACAAAAAGUUUCACGUGUUUAACCUAAACAUAAUAAUCCAUGUAAAUGUAGCAAAAAAAUGUGUUGUAUUAGCAAGUGCGGGACUAGUACAGUAUAAUACUCUUUAUUUUAGUGCCCUCUAUAGCCUACGUUAGGUUUAACCUGUAUAACCUAGAAGGGUCGCCAGUUUUGGCGAGAUAUCUAGAUAGUCGUUAUAGUACGUAAGUAUCUAUUUGAUGUUCCAUUAGUACGCAUGUUAAAUUUAUGUCAUAUCUGUCAAUGAAUUAAAGGGCUUUUUAAACAUUAGAUUUAUGUUAGAAGCUUAUUUUGUUUUAAUGAUAAGUAAAACGUGAAGAAUA